CAAACAUGAAAGGCUCCGCUCCGCUCGCUUCUGUCGCGCUCUCGCUAUCUUCACGGUUCGGCUCUGUCGCGAUUCGCUUGGACUUUACAAUUGACAGGCAGUGCUUGAUGGCCCUCGAGCUUCACAUUCCCUCCUGCGUGAAUCGCCCGCCUCACCGCCUCCAUCCUCCACCACCUGACCAGCCGCUCAGAAUUCGGAUACAAGGGCCACUGGAGACCAUACAGAAGCUUUUGCCGAAUGUAUCGUGGCACCCGAUCGGGUCCUUUCCGCAGUUAGGAGGGGUGAAGCUUGCAAGUCUUACAUUUCAGAAACUAUACGGGGGCGAUGGAGGUAGAGUGGCUCCAGUGGUGCGUGACGAGUAUUUAGCGUGGGUACUGGAAGGAAGAGUACCACAAGACCGCAUCGACUACUACGGAGUCACAUUUGACUACCUCGUCUCGCCCGAUGAUCCAAAUCCAGAAGUACUUGCGAUUAACAUCAUUGAAGUGGACAAUGACGGAGGAGUAUAUGCGGACGGAGGGAAAUAUGCUAAUAAAGUCCUUUUACGCUCCAUCAACCCUAUAGAAUACACGGGGAAGAAGGUUCUCGCUGUACCGAGAUGUUGUCAGCAUAAGAAGGGCUCGCAAGAUCGCCAACGAAUAAAUAGCGAAGUGAUGGAGAGGAUGGGAAGGUCUAGGAACAUUAGCAACGGUGAUGCCGUUUACAAAGGUGGCUUAACAUGCACGGUUCCUAUUCUAUUGCCCUGAAGGUGCAACGACCGAUCCUUUGUUUAAUUACUGUAUAACAACAUCGAACAUAUUUGGAGAAACGAGUCUCCGUCCCUCGUGUUGCGAUAUCAUAUCAUUUUCGCCACUGG